UGCAUGUACCUCUCAAAAAAUCCUGAAUGUUGGUUUUAUUCAAGAUAUGGAGAAUGUAGUAAUGAAGAUUGUAUGUACUUACACAUUGAUCCUGAAAGUAAAAUUAAAGAAUGUGCUUGGUAUGCCAGAGGAUUUUGUAAACAUGGUCCUCAUUGUCGGCACAAGCAUGUUCGAAAAGUUGUUUGCCAAUUGUACCUAAGCGGGUUUUGCCCUAAAGGGUUGGAAUGUCCUAAUGGACAUCCAAAAUAUGAACUACCAACUGCUCAGCGAGAACACGAUGGUCACGAAGAAGAAAGUCCCCACAGGAAUCUUAAUGAAAAUGAUGAGCAGCGGACAGGUUCUCAUCAUAAUACCUUCCGUUCACUGUCAGAAGUUACAU